AUGACUGCAAUCCCUGUUGAAAUAGCUGUUGUUUUGAAUGCUGGACUGGAGCAUUACCAAACGAUUGGAGAUUACAACAGACCUGAUCGGUUAUACACCAACAGGUCUGCGAUCCGCCCACCAGCGAUUCAGAGGAAAGAUUUUGAAUUGAAACCAAAAUAUUUAUCUCUAGUAGGUAAAAACCCCUUUCAUGGUCUCCCUCAUGAAAAUCCCAUAGACCAUAUUGAAGCACUUGAGGACUUUGUGUCUAACAUAAAGAUGCAGGGAGUUUCCGAAGACUACCUAUUCUGCAAACUCUUCCCGCAUUCUCUUGAUGGAGACGCGACCUGCUGGCUGAAACAACUGCGCCCAGGAUCUCUGACUUGCUGGAGCGAUAUCAAAAGUGCCUUUCUCAAAAAUUUCUUCGAUGACGCACGGACCGAAGAAUUUAGGAAUAAUAUCUAUAAUUUUUCUCAAGGCACUGCUGAAGCUUUUAAAGCCUCUUGGGUGAGAUUUAAAGGCUACCAGCGAGACUGCCUCCACCAUGGAUUAUCCGAGAUUCAACUACUUAAUAUUUUCUUCAGAGGUCUCGAUUUGAUAUACCAAUUGACUUUGGACGCUGCAAGUCAAGGGAACUUCAAAACUAGGAGCCCCAAAGAAGCCACAAGGCUAAUUGAAAAUAUAGCAACCAGCACUAGUACCGCGAAGGUUGAUCUCGAGAGGAGAAAUAUGGAGAUUUCCAAUGGAGAUCGGAUAUCCAAGACCUCUUCACAUGAAGGAGAUGAAGAAGAACAUGUAAACCUCAUCGAUCAGAUUAUCUAUUACAAACAAAAACUUGUUAACCCGCAGAUAAACAUGAGGUCUACAAGAAGCCAUGAGGAAGAACAGACUCAUGAGAGCAUUGUGGAAUCUAAAUUGGAAGAAAUUUUGAAAGACCAGCAGAAUACUGUCCUGGAUGCUGAUGUAAGAUUUGAUUCCAUGUGCUCUAAUUUCAAUAAGAAAUUUAAGGCUUUGAGCGAUCAUUUAAAAGUUUUGGAAAGCCGAGUUUCCCGCGACGAUGGGUUUGUCCGAAGAGAAAAAGAAUGUCUCCCUAGAAGGAUCGACACAAACCCAAAACGUCAAGUCUGCUCUGUACUUCUAAGAAGCGGGAAACGCCUUGUUCCAACUACAAGAGAAAGCGUUUCCAAUGGCGAACUCGCUAAAGGAGAGAGAACUGAAAAAUGUGGAUCCAAACCAAUAAUUCUUGAUGAUUCUGAACCGAUUAACCUCAGCGAUGAUAAAAAGGAAGAUUCAACUAUCGAUCGACAAAGUAAACAAGAUAUCGAUCAACAGAAGGGUAAGAACAUCGAUCGACGUGGUGAUGCAACCAUCGAUCGACGUCCUACACCUACUACACUGAGAACGACACCCGUCGAACCGGUAACAGAGAGAAUGUACAAACCUUUAACACCCUUCCCUCCCAACACGUCGCAGACAAAACGAGAAUUGGAUAAAGCAAUUUGCAAGAAAGCCCUCGAAAACAUCACAGUUGAAAUGCCACUGAGCGAUGCCAUGAAAGUUUCACCCCCCAUUAAAAAAUAUGUUAAAGACAUGGUAUCCAAAAGUUUUCCAUCAUCGGAAAACAGUUUCAUGAUGGUUUCCGAAGAUGUAAGUGCCAUAAUCCAAGGCGAAACGCCGAUCAAAAGACCUGACCCUGGAAGUUUUGUUCUAGAUUGCAACAUAAAAGAUAAACGAUUUGAUAGAUAA